CCGCGCUUCUCCCUCCCACCCGCCGCCGCUGGCCGCGAAACUCCAGUUCCCCCCGGGCCCGGCUCCCGCCGCCCGCGGGCCGCGCUCUCCGGCCUCCCCGCGCCCGGGCGAGGGGCCGGCGGCGGCGCGGGGGGCCCCUCCUCGGCAGCGCGUUCUCCCCCCACCCCCCCCCCCCCCCCGGGAGGCGCCUCCGCAGCCCCACGCACCCCCCGGCGAGGGCCGGGGCGCCGCUGCCCCCAGAGGGGCUCGCCGCGUGUGACCGGCCCGGGCGGGCCCCGUCCCGCACCGAGGGGCUGCCCCGCAGCCGCCUCUGUCCUGGCGCCGACAGCCUGACCCUCCGGGAGCGGCGUGCCCUUGCCCGGCGGCGAGGGGAGAGCCAGCCCGGCGCGGCUCUGCGGGCGCGGGAGAGCCGCCCGCUCCUCCCCCGCGCCCCGCCAUGUCCAGCGAGGAGAGCUACCUGGCCAUCCUGCGCUACCUGACCAACGAGCGGGAGCCCUACGCGCCCGGGACGGAGGGCAACGCCAAGCGGAAGAUCCGCAAGGCGGCCGCCUGCUACGUGGUGCGCGGCGGGACCCUCUACUACCAGCGGCGGCAGCGGGACCAGGAGCGCUUCGCCGAGCUCGAGGUGGUGCUGCAGGCCGAGCGCCGCGCCCGCCUCAUCCGCGCCGCCCACCUGGCGCCCGACGGCGCCCACCGCACCCGCCUGCAGACCUGGCAGGGGCUCUCGCAGAAGUACUGGUGGCGAGGUAUACUUAAGCAGGUUAAAGAUUACAUUAAAGAAUGCAGCAAGUGCCAGGAAAAGCUAGAUCGCUCUAGAGCUCUGUCAGAUCCAUCUGAAAUGCUUGAGGAACUAGGACUGGAUGCAAAAUCUCAUGAAGACAGUAAUGAAACAGAUGAUGAAUUGAGUAAUACGGCAUCAAUCCCAGCUGCAUCUCCAAAGCCUGUGAAGAAAAAGCCAAUAGCAAAGCACGAGCUUGUGUUUGUUGACAGUAAGGGCCUUGUGAAGCAGUCAUCUUCCAAACAUUGUCUGUCAGUCUUAAACCAACUGAAUCAGCAGAGGCUUUCCAAUCAAUUCUGUGAUGUGACUCUGCUGAUUGAAGGAGAGGAGUACAAAGCUCACAAAUCUGUCUUGGCAGCCAACAGCGAGUACUUCCGAGAGCUCUUCAUUGAAAAAGGAGCUGUCACUAGUCAUGAAGCUGUAGUGGAUCUGUCAGGGUUCUGCAAGUCCAGUUUCCUGCCUCUGUUGGAAUUUGCUUAUACUUCAGAAUUAACUUUUGACUUCUGCAGUAUGGCAGAAGUGGCCAUGCUUGCCCGACAUCUCUUCAUGUCAGAGGUCCUCGAAAUCUGUGAAAAUGUGCACAAACAGAUGGAAGAGAAGCAAAUUACAGUGUACCAAAAGGGAGAUAUUCAAACAGUAGAGUCAACACAAAAUUUAGCAGAGCAGACUGAAGUUGAGAUGCAGCCUGUGGAAGGUGCUGAGCAACCUGAGCUCACAGCCAGCAAAGUGCCAGUAGCUGUAAAUGGAGCUCCUUCCUCUGCUGGGCCAGAGGAGGCAGUGGCAUCCCAGCCUGACCUUCCCCCAGAGCCUGCAGAGGCCACUCCGGGUGAUGUUUCAGAGCCUGUGGAGCAGUGUGAAACAACUGAAAAUUGUGUCAACAUGGAGCUGGUGGAGAGCAUUUCAAAUAGCACUGUGUCUGUUGUGGAGGCUGAGCCAUUGGCUGUGGAAGCCAUGGACAUGCAAAAUACAACAGAAACUGAGACAGAUCAAAAUGAAAGCAGUAAAGCAAAUACGGACACGGGUUCUGAAGACUCCUCAGAAGCACUCAAGCAAAAACAUAGCAAGCAAAGUAAAGAACAGAGUCUUUCAGUUUCACAAGUGGAAAGCCUAGCUUCCAGCCAAGAUGAUACUUACAAAAGCAAGCUUCGCCAGCGUUCUGUUAGUGAAGGUGGAUAUAUCAGAUUGCAUAAAGGAAUUGAAAGAAAAUUGCAAAACAGAAAGACAAAUCCUAAAUCUGCAAUACAACAGGUUGCCAUGAAGCUGGUACAAAGAGGGAAAAAAAUGAAACAGCCCAAAAGAGAAACUACAGAAAAUAAUGAAGCAGAAGCUCAGCACAAAUGCACGGAGUGUGGAAUGGUGUUCCAGCGGCGCUAUGCACUUAUAAUGCACACACUGAAACACGAAAGAUCUAAAGAUUAUAAAUGCCCACUGUGUAAAAAAGAAUUCCAGUACGGUGCUUCCCUGCGAGCCCAUCUUGUCCGGCACACUCGGAAGACAGAAGUGAGCCCUGCAGCUGCUAGUGUAGAAGCAACAGGCGUGUCUUCGGUGAAAGGGAGAACUAAACGGGAAUUCAUAUGUGAUAUUUGUGGGAGAACUCUACCUAAGCUCUAUUCUCUCAGGAUACAUAUGCUCAAACAUACAGGUGUAAAACCACAUGCAUGCAAGGUUUGUGGAAAGACCUUUACAUAUAAGCAUGGAUUAAAAAUGCACUUAGCUCUCCAUGAAGUACAGAAACAGUUCAAAUGUGACUUGUGUGAAAAGUCUUUUGUCACAAAAAGAAGUCUUCAGGAACACAUGAGCAUUCAUACAGGAGAAUCCAAGUAUCUUUGCUCCAUCUGUGGAAGGUCUUUCCACAGGGCAUCGGGACUCAGUAAACACAUAAAGAAACACCAACCAAAGCCUGAAGUUCGUGGAUACCAGUGUACUCAGUGUGAAAAGAGUUUCUAUGAAGCUCGGGAUCUUCGUCAGCAUAUGAAUAAACAUUUAGGUGUGAAGCCAUUUCAGUGCCAGUUCUGUGGAAAAUGUUAUAGUUGGAAGAAAGACUGGUAUUCUCAUGUAAAGUCUCAUUCUGUCACGGACCCUUAUAGGUGUAAUAUAUGUGGUAAAGAAUUUUAUGAGAAAGCUUUGUACAGAAGACAUGUAAAGAAAGCCACACAUGGUAAAAAAGGAAGAGCAAAACAAAAUCUGGAACGAGUUUGUGAGCACUGUGGAAGAAAAUUCACCCAACUCCGAGAAUAUAGGAGACACAUGAACAAUCAUGAAGGUGUGAAGCCAUUUGAAUGUCUAACUUGUGGAGUAGCCUGGGCUGAUGCACGUUCCUUGAAGCGUCAUGUGAGGACACAUACUGGAGAGCGACCAUACGUCUGCCCAGUGUGCAAUGAAGCUUACAUAGAUGCCCGGACGCUACGGAAGCACAUGACCAAGUUCCACAGGGACUAUGUACCCUGCAAAAUUAUGCUGGAAAAAGAUACCCUGCAGUUUCAUAACCAGGGGACACAGGUGGAGCACGCCAUCAGCAUCUUAGCAGCAGACGUGCAGGAACAAGAAACGGAGAUUAGUGUUGGUGGCGGUGAAAUUGAGACUGUGGUAGUGACAGGAGAGACACUUGAAGCCAUUGAAGCAGUGGCAGCUACUGAGGAAUGCACAUCAGUCUCUACUCUUUCUGACCAAAGCAUCAUGCAGGUGGUAAAUUAUGUAUUGGCUCAACAGCAAGGACAGAAAAUGGCAGAAGUGACACAGGCCAUUGAAACUGUAGAAGUAGAAGUGGCCCAUGUUGCAAAGGCAGACUGAAUAUAGUAUAUGAGAGAGCAAGAAGGGUGAGGUCUUGUGAUCUGUGAGGGCUAUAUAUUUAAACUGUGUGUCUGAGGCUUACAAUGAUGCCUGUUUUCAAACAGUUAAUCACCAGGACCGAAUGUCUUGCUGACUAAAUAUUGCACCAUGCAUUAUGGGGGAAAAGGUGGGAUGCAUCAAUGUAGGUCAAAGCUUUGAAGGCAAAGAUUUCUGCACUGGCCAUAACUGGGGGAAAAAAAAAAAAAAAAAAAAAAAAAAGUUGUAAGAAUGUUUUCUGUGUCAUAGAGUAAGUAUCAUGCUGUAACUUAAGAAACAAAAAAUGAAAAUAUGUCAAGAGGCUGCACUAAAAACAUGAAAUGCACAGCAGUUGAUAGCGUUUUUUUUACUUUUGGUUUUAUGUGCAUUUCAUCAGGUUUGUGAGCCAAUUAUCUAUAUUGGAUUCAGUCUGUUUGGGCCCGAAGACAAGGGUAUGGUAGAGUGCUUUGUGCAGUGUGUGCUUCAUGCCACAUCCAGAAAACAUGAGGCUUUUUUCUUUGGGUAGAGGCAGUUAGUGAAUCCCAGCUUUGAAGAACUUAUUUCAGAUCCAGGUUGGUAGGUGGCAGGUCCAGGGUGCAGCAGAAAGUGUUUUACAGAUGAUGGGCAGGAGUCCACUGAAGUCUGAGAAAGUGGCUCUCUAAGAGAGAUUGUGAAUUUAGGUUGACCAGAGAACAGCCCACUGCAGAGAGACUUGAUUAGAGAAGGAAACUGCUAUUUAUUUGUAGGAGAGGAGCUUAACUUCAGCCAGUGCGCACAAAGGACGCUGUCACCUGCAUUGUACAUGUCCAAAGCAGGCAACCUAGUGAUGGAUGCUUCUAAUUUUGCAUUGUGUUUGAUGUAGAAGCUCUCAAAUGAAAGAUGUCUAGUGGCAACUUUCUCUGGUAAUAUAAAUGUACUGAAGAAGUUGAGCUAGUUGCAAUCUCGUCUUGUGUUGAAAGGAGGGGCCCUGGUAAUUCCAAAAUGAAGCACAUAACAGUAUCAGGUUACAGAACUAUGAAAAUCUUAGUAUGGGAUAAAAAUUAAACAUCUCAAAAAUUACCAGACUCUCCAGAAGAAAUUAUUACUGCUGCGGUAAGCAAAUACUUCUGGAGUAAGCUAAUUACCUGGUAUUAUGCUACACAAAUGGAAGAAUUCUUCCUAGGUGUUGCUGCAAGUAAGCAUGAAUCAUAGCCAUGCUUAGCUGAAGUUUAAAUGUCUCUCUGAAUAUCACAAACAGUGCACACCUUAACCUGUACAAGGUGUUGGUUCUUUCAUUGUUGAUUUGGGUUUUUUAAAGCAAGAAACAUGCCUACCAAGAGGUAACUGAAUGUGUUGUGCGCAUGAACAAUCAGAACUGUAUUCUUUACAUUGUUUUCAGUCUCUAAUGCUAUCAGAUGUUUCCCAGCUUUGACAGCAGCAAGAUAGCCAAGGAGCCCAAAGCCUGUAUGUAAUACAGUAAGGUAAACCUUGUAAAUAAAGUUCUAUGCAUAUAACUCUGUGCUAUCUGUGAAACAGAUCCACUGAACAAAAUUCCAGCAAAAUCUGUGACAAAGUAACCACCUCAUUUGAAUUAGUAUUUCUACCUUUCAUUUUGCUUAACUGUUUGAGUACCUGUCUACCAAGCUGCAGAACAGACUGUUCCUUUUAUACUUUGCAAGCAUGUAGAUAAGCAGUCGCUGAAAAUUUUUUAAGCAAUAUGUCAUUUGAGUUCCUUCCUUGGAUCCAAAUUAAUCUGUGGAUGACUAUUUCAAAUGUCAAAGCCUUCCUGCAGAGGAGUAAUGUACUUAUUUGUACAUCCUGAAGUCCUUUGCCAUUAUAUUUUCUAAUUACCAAAUGGAGUAAAACUAAAAUGAAUGCUUUACAAAAAAAUACUGGUAGCUGUAACUCUUGAAUUUCUGUAUGGUCAAGAAUCUGGAGAUAGCCAUCCUGCCUAAAAUUAAUAUACUGCCAUUAUGAUGGAAAAAGAUUCAGAAGAGCACUAGGUAAAGUUUAAAAUUUACUUAAGUGUUUGUAUCUUACAAAUAAUUAUGUAUUGCUAAAGUGAGGAAAUGUUCAAGGAAAAAUAGCUGUAAAUAGUGCUAGAACAUUAUUUGUAUAUUUAGUGUGUGACCUUACAAAAAAAAUAUUACCAGCACCAUAGUUUAAUCUUUGGUGCAUUUAUUUAUUUGCCCAACCUAUUGAAGAGAGAGAAGUGAAUCUGAAUUUAGGAGCUUUUUACCCACUGUAAAAAUGCUUUAACUGACUUGAUGGCCUGCCAUGUAAACCCACAAAGCUGUUUCCUAAACAAGACUCAGCCAGGAACCCCAAAGCUGAAUGUUGCAGCACCCAUUUCCUGACAUCUGGUGCCUUACCUUGUCAGAACAGCAUGAGGUAAGUAGGGAGGGUUGCUCAGAGCUUUGCUGUUCCUGGAGGUGUAAAGUUGCCUUAUGUUUUCCUUUAGAUUUCCAAUCUUUAAAUUAAGAUGUACACUACCUUUCUGCCAUCUAUUUGAAGUCAAGCUGCAAAUGUGCAGUUGAUAUUAUUUAAUUUGAGAUUUUUAAAAAAUAAAGUUCAUGGGCAGUGACCAUUUAUAAAGUAUUUGUAGUGAAUUCCUGUACAUAAUUAAUUUGAUCUGUACAUUCUGCUGUUUUUAUUUAGUGUUAGAUGUAUAAAGUGACGGUUACUUCUGUCAUUAAAUAAACUGAGCUUUGCCAUGAA